AUUUGGAAUUUAAAUUAAAAAAAAAAACCUCACAAAUCCAAAGUCAUUAUAUCUGACGUGGAUAACAACAUACGUGAGGAUGGGAAUCCCAAGUAAAUUGGAUUUUGAAAUUAAAUAGAAUAUCUGUUUUAAAGAGGAAUAGGAAUGGGGAAUUCCAAUUCAACUAAAGAAAGGAAAAUAAUUUCAUGCCUAUAUAAAAAAAAAAAACCAAGUUUUGAAAGAAGAAAAAAAGACAAGAAAAAGAAAGUCCACCCGAACUCCCGUAGAUCCGGUCGUAUCAUAAUAUCAACAAACAGUCCACCAUCGCUGCAUCACUGUUUCCACCAAAACAGAAGAAAACAACAUUGUACAACUCAAGUCUCUCGCAAACACAACACAAACACCUUCUUCUUCUUCAGUUUCAAUAAUGAUAUGAUAAUCUCUCUUUUUAUCUUCUCCAAAAAUCUAAAAUAAAUAGAAAACUAAUAAGAGAAAACCAAAAAGAUUUUAUUUUAUUUUUUGUAAAAAAUGUCGAGAACAAAUUCCAUUAAUGGAGAACAAGAACAGGAACACGAAUCGUUAACUCUUCCACUGCUUACGUCUCAACGAUCUCUCAUAAACUCCACCUCUCAAGUUGCCAUAGUUGGCGCCAAUGUCUGCCCUAUCGAAAGUCUCGAUUACGAGAUAGCGGAGAAUGAUUUUUUUAAGCAAGACUGGAGGACACAUAAAAAGAUUCAGAUCUUUCAAUAUGUGUUCAUGAAAUGGUUGCUGUGUUUCUUGGUUGGUUUAAUUGUUAGUCUUAUUGGAUUUUUCAAUAAUCUUGCUGUUGAAAAUAUUGCUGGUGUCAAAUUCGUUAUCACUUCCAAUAUGAUGCUUGCUAAUAGAUAUGGGAUGGCUUUUGCUGUCUUCUCUGUGUCUAAUUUUGUACUUACACUGUUCGCGUCCAUCAUCACGGCUUCUGUAGCUCCGGCUGCUGCUGGUUCAGGUAUACCAGAAGUUAAAGCUUAUUUGAACGGUGUGGAUGCGCCUGGAAUUUUUUCUCUGCGUACUUUGGUUGUCAAGAUUGUCGGAAGCAUUUCUGCUGUGUCAGCAUCUCUUCAUAUUGGAAAGGCAGGGCCCAUGGUGCAUACUGGUUCAUGUAUUGCAUCAAUACUUGGUCAGGGUGGAUCAAGGAAAUAUAAGUUAACAUGGAAAUGGCUAUGCUUUUUCAAAAAUGACCGAGAUCGCCGGGAUCUUGUUACAUGUGGAUCAGCUGCUGGAAUGGCUGCCGCCUUUCGUUCCCCAGUUGGUGGUGUGCUGUUUGCUCUUGAAGAAAUGGCAUCUUGGUGGAGAAGUGCCCUUUUAUGGAGAGCUUUCUUCACAACGGCUGUGGUUGCAUUAGUGCUUCGGGCUCUGAUUGAUGUGUGUUUAAGGGGCAAAUGUGGGUUAUUUGGUACUGGAGGGCUCAUAAUGUUUGAUGUCUAUUCAGCAAAUGUUACAUAUCAUCUCAUUGAUGUUCCUCCUGUGCUUCUCCUUGGAGUUAUAGGAGGCAUUUUGGGAAGUCUGUAUAAUUUUCUUCUCGAUAAGGUUCUUCGAAUUUACAAUCUCAUUAAUGAGAGAGGCAUUGCUUACAAAAUUCUUCUUGCUUGUUCAAUCUCUAUUUUCACAUCCUGUCUUCUUUUUGGGUUACCUUUUCUGGCAUCCUGUCAGCCUUGCCCAGCUGAUGCAUCAGAGGCUUGUCCAACAAUUGGUCGGUCUGGAAACUACAAGAAAUUUCAAUGCCCUGCAGGUCACUACAAUGACCUUGCUAGCCUCAUUUUUAACACGAAUGAUGAUGCUAUUAGAAAUCUGUUCAGCAGGAACACUGACAUGGAGUUUCAAUAUUCGUCAGUUCUCAUUUUCUUUUUAACCUGCUUUUUUCUUAGCAUCUUUAGUUAUGGGAUCGUUGUUCCUGCCGGUCUCUUCGUGCCAGUUAUUGUGACAGGUGCAUCUUAUGGGCGUUUAGUUGGAAUGUUAAUUGGUUCAAGAUAUGGUCUUAAUCAUGGUCUCUAUGCUGUGCUUGGUGCUGCUUCUCUUCUUGGGGGAUCUAUGAGGAUGACGGUUUCUUUAUGUGUUAUUAUCCUAGAAUUGACCAAUAACUUGUUGCUACUACCCUUGAUAAUGUUGGUUCUUCUUAUUUCCAAGACUGUGGCUGAUGCUUUCAAUGGUAAUAUUUAUGACCUUAUCAUGAAGGCAAAAGGUUUUCCUUAUCUAGAAACUCAUGCUGAACCUUACAUGAGGCAGCUAACAGUCAGUGAUGUAGUCAUGGGUCCACUUCAGCUCUUUCAUGGCAUUGAAAAGGUCGGUAACAUAGUACAUGUUCUCAAAACAACAAGGCAUAACGGAUUUCCUGUAAUUGAUGAGCCUCCACUUGAAUCCCCAGUUCUUUAUGGACUAAUCCUCCGUGCUCAUCUUAUUGAGUUGUUAAAGAAUAAAGUUUUCUCGUACACUCCCGUGCCAAUAAGCAAUGAUGCCUUUAAGCAAUUCUCGCCUGGUGACUUUGCAAAGAGGGGCUCAGGCAACGGUGACAAGAUAGAAGAUGUAGAAAUUACUGAAGAAGAGAUGGAAAUGUUUUUAGAUUUACAUCCUUUCACUAAUGCUUCACCUUAUACUGUUGUGGAGACAAUGUCACUAGCUAAGGCUUGCGUACUUUUCCGAGAAGUUGGUUUGAGGCACUUGUUGGUGAUACCCAAGAUCUCAAGUAGAUCUCCUGUUGUGGGUAUACUGACAAGGCAUGACUUCAUGCCUGAACAUAUACUGGGUUUGCACCCUUUUCUAGCGAGUAGCAGGUGGAAAAGAUUAAGAAUCCGGCUUCCGCUGUUACUUAAAUUUUUCUAGAGCACGCUGGAAAAAAUUUCUGGCUGCCCUCAAAAUCAUGCAGUGGAAUCCCAGUCAAAGCAACGGAGCUUGCCCUUGAAAAUGAGGUUGUACAUAGUUGUAUUUUUUGAGCUCCCAUAGCACAGAAGAUCUCAAGAGUUAGUGAGAUUAUUUUUUAGCUUUCUCCAACCAGAGGCGAAGAAAAAAGAAGAUCAGAAGAGGAAGAGGAAGAUGAAGAUGAUGCUGUCGAUCAUCCGGCUAUGUGUAGUUGAAACGAUGAGGUAACUCAUUGUCUCAAUGAUAAUUGGGUGGGACAGAUUUUUUGCUUUGCUGAGAUUAUAUUUAAUGUACUUUGGUAAGAUUAUUUCCAUCACCAGCUUACUCUCAUAAUGAAAUCUUGGUUCCAUCUU